AAGCAACGAAGCUUCAGACAGCUGUCUCAGACCUUAAUCAGAUCUCUUGCCGGCUCCUUGCAGCCGCCGCAACGCCUCGUCUUAGGAGGACUUGCGGGCUGGGCUCUGAGCCCAAAGCAGCAACCGGCAGAGACGUCGCUGGCGUGGGGAUUGGUGGGGACACGAACCCGUAAGGCCGAAGCUGUGAUCGCCACUGGAGAGUCGGCUGCAGUACCUCUGACCUCCCCAGAACGCACGCGGCCUCCAGGGCUGCCAGAGGUCGCGCCACCCGGAGACCGCACCCUGAGCAGACCCCGCAACUCCGCUGUCCAGUCUCCGCUGGCCUGCCCCCGCCGCCAGCUCGCCAACUCUUCCCGGAGCCCGGGGCAUGAACGGCUACGGCUCCCCCUACCUGUACAUGGGCGGCCCAGUGUCGCAGCCACCGCGGGCGCCCCUGCAGCGCACGCCAAAAUGCGCGCGCUGCCGCAACCACGGCGUGCUCUCCUGGCUCAAGGGCCACAAACGCUACUGUCGCUUCAAGGACUGCACCUGCGAGAAGUGCAUCCUUAUCAUUGAGAGGCAGAGAGUCAUGGCGGCGCAGGUGGCGCUGCGCCGGCAGCAGGCCAACGAGAGCUUGGAGAGCCUUAUCCCCGACUCGCUACGCGCUCUGCCCGGGCCCCCGCCGCCUGGGGACGCCGCUGCCACCCCUCAGCCGCCUCCAACCUCGCAGCAGUCUCAACCGCCGCCGCCGCCGCGCCCAGCCGCUGACUUGGCCGCGGCCGCCGCGCUACGCUGGGCCGCCGAGCCCCAGCCCGGAGCGCUGCAGGCACAACUCGCUAAGUCAGAUCUGACUGAAGAACGACUUGGAGAUGGCAACUCUGCAGACAAUGCUGAGGUCUUCAGUGACAAAGACACGGACCAGAGGAGCUCCCCAGAUGUGGCUAAGAGUAAGAGCUGCUUCACCCCUGAGAGCCCAGAAAUAGUGUCGGUGGAUGAAGGGGGCUACGCCGUCCAGAAAAACGGAGGCAACCCAGAGAGUAGGCCUGGCAGCCCCAAGUACCACGCGGAGCAGAAUCACCUCCUGAUUGAGGGCCCAUCAGGGACCGUGUCUCUGCCUUUCAGCCUGAAAGCCAACAGACCCCCGCUUGAAGUGUUGAAAAAGAUCUUCCCCAACCAGAAGCCCACGGUGCUGGAGCUCAUCCUGAAAGGCUGCGGCGGGGACCUGGUGAGCGCUGUGGAAGUCCUUCUGUCCAGCCGGUCUUCAGUGAGCGGUGCUGAGCGAACUUCUGCGGAAGCCGAGAGCCUCGUGCUGCCGUCUAACGGGCACAUCUUUGAACACACCUUGAGCUCCUACCCCAUCUCUUCGUCCAAAUGGUCCGUGGGCUCCGCCUUUAGAGUCCCAGACACGUUGAGGUUUUCUGCGGACUCUAGUAAUAUUGUCCCCAACCCCUUGGCCGUGCCUCUGCAGCACCCUUUCCCCCAGCCACCCCGGUACCCACUGAUGCUGAGGAACACACUGGCAAGAAACCAGUCAAGCCCCUUUUUGCCCAACGAUGUCACCCUGUGGAACACCAUGACGCUGCAGCAGCAGUACCAGCUGAGGUCCCAGUAUGUCAGUCCCUUCCCCAGUAACUCCACCAGCGUUUUCAGAAGCUCGCCCGUCCUCCCCACCCGCGCCUCGGAAGACCCUCGGAUCUCCAUUCCUGAGGAUGGGUGUCCAAUUGUGACAAAGCAGUCCAUUUACACCGAGGAUGACUAUGACGAGAGGUCUGACUCCUCCGACUCCAGAAUACUCAACACAUCCUCUUAGAGUGGUAGUGCAUGGGUGGUGACCAGGUGACACUUUCUGUGCAUUUCAACCCUGGGGUGCCCCAGGAGAGGCCACAUCUAGUGUAUACCCUUUCCUUCUGUUUGACAAAGUGACUGUGCUUGAUAUUCUAUACAUUAGCAAUAAAAAAACAUAACUUAUUUAAUUUCUUGCACUUCACUGGAAAAUGCCAAAUAGCUCUGCUCUGUGGCUUUAGUGCUGAAUGUUUAUUGUAAAAGAGAGUCUAAUGCAAAGAAUAGUGCUGGGAAGGCUGGGGUCCGUGGGAGAUUUAUUUGGGGAUAUAAAGCUGAAGGUCAGCCUUGCUCCUAAACUCAACCUGGAAUAUUAAAUAAUCUAGUAUACUUGAAUGCGUUUUUGUAAAAGAGGAUUCCUCAGGAUAUGUGAAACCUAAAGGAAGUGGUUCAGUUGCAAAUGGACUAUAAACAGGGACAUUAUACUCUUACAUUAAAAAUCCUUCUUGCAUUUUAAAGAGAGACUGCACUUCAGAAUAGAGCGAACUGCUCAGAUGCUUAUUUAAGCUUGGACAGUUUUCAGAGACAAACUCCAUUAAGAAUAUUCUUUUCACAUGGCUGAAUCGAAACAUGUGUAAUGUCAAUGUAAAACCAAUCACAGCUGUGAACUGCAUGAAAUGUAUUGUGAAAUGAACACAAGAUUAAGCUUUGUCAGGUUAAUGUAGCAUGCUAAGGACUCUAGAAAAAAAUAAACUAAGGAGAUGA